GAUUAUGUUGUUAAGUCAGGUGGCCUCUAGUACACGCUUGGCUGUAGUUUAGGUGAUGACGGCAGUGGAAAGCAGUCAGAGGGUAGAGGAUGAUAAGGAAAAAGAAGAGGAGAUACAGCUAAAUCCACUGCAAGACACGUGGUCAUAUUACUUGUUUAUAUGCAAUAAAUCCUUAGUUUGGGAAGAAUGUACGGAAAAAGUGGCCACAUUUAGCACUAUUGAGCAUUUCUGGAGUGUACUGUCUCAUACAGUCAGGCCUUCUAAAAUGGUUAAUGGCAACGAUCUGUACAUGUUCAAGUGUGAUAUCCAGCCAAAAUGGGAAGACCCGAAGAAUGAGAAAGGCGGACGUUGGUUGAUCAAUAUUUCUCAGCAACAUAAUGUUGAUUUUUUGUGGGACGAGUUAUUGAUGCUACUUAUCGGUUCUGAUUGGGAUACAGAUGAAGAAGAAGAGCUAAUAUGCGGGGCAGUAUUUCAACCUCGUGCUCGAGGUCAUAAGAUGGCAGUUUGGCUGUCUAGUGAUAACGAAGAGCGGACUAUAAUGCAAAUUGGAAAGCGAAUUAAAGAACGUUUAGAACUAGACGAGACAAUAUACUUUCAACCGGUUUGUGACCAGAAAAACUAUGCUAGAGGCAGAGAUAUACACACUGGAAAAUAUCAAACUUAAUUUUUUGCAUUGCAUUAGCAUUGAUUUUGUCAUCUUUUCCAAUUUUGUUUGAUUUUGGUCUUGCGCUUGACUGUGGACAGAUUCUGUACAUGUUUCCUUCUUAUUUUCUGUGUUCACUUGAAGGUUUUUGAUCUUGUUAAAGUGAAGCAUUUUAAUAAUACAGUACAGUAUUACUAUUGAAUUGCUUUUAUUUGAACCUGUACAACAAUAGCAUGAUAUGAUGCU